UAAAACAUGUUUUUGCUAUGAAAAAAACUACCCCGGUUACUUUUCUGCACUAUUCUUGGUAUCUGUACAUGAACUGAAUUUUUAUUAUAAAUGGUGUAGAUAUGAGCAAUUUUGGCAGUUCAAAGUUGUUUUUGAGGUUCCAUAUUGUUAUCUUAUAGUUCUAGAAAAUUUUCACCUUCUAACCCCCUUGGGGUAUGGGGCAUGCCAAGUACGGUGCCCCCCAUCUCUUUUGCUGCAAAACCUAGAACAGAAUUUACGUAUAGGAUUAGUACACCUAGUACACCUAUUAAGGUGAACCUAACUAUUUGGUGUUCGACAUAGACUGUGAACCGGGAUUUGCGCAUAACAUGUUUGGGUAAGGUGGCCUUUACAAGUCAUUCCCAAAGCUUCUUCUCACUUCUGGGCACUUUCGUUUUUUUUUAAACGACCACACAGUAUUAUAUGGAUCUUGUGAAUGCUCCUGUACUCCAAUUUAGGUCUUCUUCUACUUUUGGGAUCUGUUCGAAACCCCUGAAAUUCCUUCCCGUGCAGAGUAAAAUUUUCUUUGUGAAGCCAUUGAUUGUUGAAGCAAGGGCAAAUGCUAGAAAAGAAAGUGCAAAGAUACGAAAUAGGAGGAUGCGAAAGAAGUUUAAUGGUACACCUACAAGACCAAGGCUUUCAGUAUUUUGUUCGGAAAAGCAGUUGUAUGCCAUGCUGGUCGAUGACCAAAAUAAGAAGUGUUUGUUUUAUGGAAGCACUUUGCAGAAAUCUAUUCGACAGUGUUCCCCUUGUAGCACCAUAGAAGCUGCGAAACGUGUUGGCGAGGAGCUUAUCAAGGCUUGUAAUGAUCUGAACAUAAAUGAAGUAUCAUCUUAUGAUCGCAAUGGCUUUGCUUGUGGGGAAAGAAUGCAAGCUUUUGAAAUUGCAGUUUCUCAUCAUGGGUUCUUGCCGCGAUAGAAAUGUAUGUAUUUUUACGGACUGUUGAUAAUUUUUAGAACUAAAGUUGUGCAUUAUGUGUAGAACUUGGUCUGCAUCUUGCUAGGAAACUCAAACUGCUACAAGUGGUAGUGGCUUUAAUUGUCAUAGUGCUCUAAUUAAGGCUACAUUGUAUGCUAUGCUCUCAAAUUUAUUCAACAAAACUCGGGGAAAAGAAGAAACGAUAAUUGUAUUCAAUAUUUUGCUGA